GACAACUCACAAGAAACAUACUCCCACUCUUUUUUAAAGACGAAUUGGGUUUUGUUUUAUUAUAAAUCUUAAUGGAUUUCUCCGGUUUGUUCCUCACUCUCUCUGCGGCGGCUCUGUUUCUCUGUUUGCUCCGUUUUAUCGCCGGAAUCCGCCGUAGCUCCUCCACGUCACUCCCUCUUCCUCCGGGAACAAUGGGUUACCCUUACGUCGGCGAAACAUUCCAACUUUACUCACAAGACCCAAAUGUGUUCUUCGCUGCAAAACAGAAAAGAUACGGAUCGGUGUUCAAGACUCAUGUAUUGGGAUGUCCAUGUGUGAUGAUCUCGAGCCCUGAAGCCGCGAAAUUCGUACUGGUCACAAAGUCUCAUUUGUUUAAACCGACUUUUCCGGCGAGUAAAGAGAGGAUGCUUGGAAAACAAGCAAUCUUCUUCCAUCAAGGAGAUUACCAUUCCAAACUUAGAAAGCUCGUUUUAAGAGCUUUCAUGCCUGAUUCAAUCAGAAACAUGGUCCCUAACAUUGAAUCAAUCGCUCAAGAAUCACUCAAUUCUUGGGAUGGAACUCAACUCAACACUUACCAAGAAAUGAAAACAUACACUUUCAAUGUGGCGUUGAUCUCAAUACUCGGCAAAGACGAAGUUUUUUACCGAGAAGAUCUAAAACGAUGCUACUACAUUCUCGAGAAAGGUUACAACUCGAUGCCCAUCAAUCUCCCGGGAACACUAUUCCACAAAGCCAUGAAAGCUCGCAAGGAGCUAGCUCAAAUCCUCGCUAACAUCUUGUCCAAAAGAAGACAGAACUCAUCUACACACACAGAUCUCCUCGGAUCAUUCAUGGAAGACAAAGAAGGACUAACCGACGAACAGAUCGCAGACAACAUCAUCGGAGUGAUCUUCGCCGCAAGAGACACAACGGCGAGUGUGCUGACGUGGAUCCUCAAGUACUUAGCCGAUAAUCCAACUGUUCUAGAAGCUGUCACUGAAGAGCAAAUGGCAAUAAAGAAAGAUAAAAAAGAAGGAGAGAGUCUCACUUGGGAAGAUACAAAGAAGAUGCCAUUAACUUAUAGAGUAAUCCAAGAGACAUUAAGAGCUGCUACAAUCUUAUCUUUCACAUUUAGAGAAGCUGUCGAAGAUGUCGAAUACGAAGGAUAUUUGAUACCAAAAGGAUGGAAAGUAUUGCCACUAUUCAGAAAUAUUCAUCACAAUGCUGAUAUAUUUUCCGAUCCGGGGAAAUUCGAUCCCUCGAGAUUCGAGGUUGCACCGAAACCGAAUACAUUCAUGCCAUUCGGAAGUGGUAUCCAUUCAUGUCCAGGCAAUGAGUUAGCCAAACUUGAAAUCUCUGUUCUAAUCCAUCACCUCACCACUAAGUACAGAUGGUCAGUAGUUGGACCAAGCGAUGGGAUUCAGUAUGGGCCGUUCGCUCUUCCUCAGAAUGGAUUGCCUAUUGCCUUGGAACGAAAACCCCAAGUGGAAUAAUUAAAGAAUGCCAUUGGCCUUUCUAAAAUUAGAAAGUGAGGAUUUUUUUUUCUAUUUAAGAGAAAAAAAAAUAGAGAAAGUAAAAGAAUCCCAAAAAGGGACCCCCCAAGUGUAUAUAGAUUUUAGUUUUAUAUAUAUAGAGAAUUAAAUUUUGGGAGAAAAUUAGAAUUUUAGAUAUAAAAAUGUUCCAUGUGUGUAACUUGGUUCUUAGCUCUUUUAUCUUUAUUUUUGGUCAUUUAUUUUUCUUUCUCAAAUUGUAAAUUAUUUUGUUACCAAUAUAAUGAUGAAAUGCUCAAAGAGAGUUUUAGCA